UCUCAGAUGGCUCAAAAAAAUGGGACACAAUUUACUGAAUUCAUUCUCUUGGGUUUUUCUGCAAACCGUCAACCAUUCCUCUUUACAAUCUUUCUAAUAAUUUAUUUUUUGACCAUAAUGGGAAACAUGAUGAUAAUUGUAACUGUGACCUUAGAUCAACAGCUCCACUCCCCAAUGUAUCUUUUCCUCCGCAGUUUGUCCUUUACGGAAGUCUUCUAUAUUUCGGUAACAGUCCCUCGGAUGCUUAGAGACUUUUUACAUUCGGAUAAAAGCAUCUCAUUCAUAGCGUGUGCUGCUCAGCUUUACUUUUUCUGUUUCCUUGGUACAACAGAAUGUUUUCUUCUUGCUUUCAUGGCAUAUGAUCGAUUUGUAGCGAUUUGUCAUCCACUUCGCUAUAUGACCAUAAUGUCUAAAACUAAGUGUUUGGAACUUUCUUUGGGAUCUUGGAUGUCUGGGAUCUUGUUGUCUUUGAUCCAGAUUUCCUAUGUUUUUAGUUUGCCUUACUGUUCUUCAAAUGUUAUAGACCACUUCUUUUGUGACAUACUGCCGGUGGUAAAGCUGGCCUGUACUGACACCUUUGCUAAUGAGAUUGCUAUUUUGAUAUAUAGCUCUCUGGUUAUUCCUUUACCGUUCCUGUUAGUUCUGGUCUCCUAUGUUUGCAUCAUUAAAAGUGUGCUAAAAAUUCCUUCCGCUAUUGGGAGAAAAAAGACAUUUUCUACAUGUGGGUCUCAUCUUACAUCUGUGACUUUAUUCUAUGGAACAGCCACUGUGACCUAUCUUAAGACAAAAUCUAUUCAAACCUAUGUAGGAGCAAAAUUAAUAUCUCUUCUGUACAUUGUUCUAAUCCCUAUGCUUAACCCUUUAAUAUACAGUUUGAGGAAUUCAGUCAUUAAGAAUGCUAUGAGGAAGUUAAUAAAAUUAUAA